UUUCAAUGAGAUAUUCAUCAGCGGUGGUGGCGGAAGAUUCUGGAACAAAACGGUUGAUUCGAAUGCCGGAGUAGCUCUUUUCGUCACGGCCUUGGCUGGAAUCGCAUUGGCCGCAAUCGUUUUCUAUUCUUCUUCUUCUUCUAGGUAAAAACCAUCAAGUUCAGUUCGAUCCAUAACCGUAUAUAGAUCCUGUUCCUGUGACUGAAAAGUAGAUACAUCUAAGCUAUAUAGAUAGAUAGAUUGAUAGAUGAGAGCCUUACGAAGAAGUCACACUUCUUCCUCAUCAUCAUCAUCAUCAUCGUCUUCGAAUAAUCACUCAUCGUCAUCACCGUGGAUUCCUUUGAAAUCGGUAUUACUCGUUGUCGCAUCUUCCUCAUCAGCUUCUUCAAUUUUUUCUUCAUCCUCUGAUCGGGGGAAUUUUAAAUCACCAUGGUCUCGUAGGAAAAGAAAACAUCCUCUAACUCCUGAGCAAUGGAAGAACUUUUUUACAUCAGAUGGAAAGCUUCGUGAUGGUGGUGCAAAAUUCUUUAAGAAAGUUCGCAGUGCUGGUGUUGAUCCAACUAUUCGGGCAGAGGUUUGGCCUUUCCUACUUGGAGUGUAUAACUUAAACAGUACCAGUGAAGAAAGAGAAGUUCUAAGAAAUCAGAAGAGAAAGGAGUAUGAAAAACUGAGGACACAAUGUCGGAAACUGCUAAAAGGCAAUGCAGAGUUUCCGGAAUUAAAAGGUACUCAAUUAGGUGAAAUGAAUUUCUAUGACAACACUGAAAAUGCAGUAAGCAACGAAAAGAUGGAAGGAGAAGAAUCUGGUUCAGAAAACAGCUCAUGUUUGGAGGAUCCUCCUAAAUACGACUCGUCAGACUCAGAAUUGUCGUCAAAUGCUCCUUUAGCCGAAAACAUAGACGAUGAAACCUCAUCAUCAUUCAACGAUCACAAGACAGAAGAUUUUUCCACAUGGCAACGCAUAAUCCGUCUCGAUGCAAUUCGCGCAAACGACGAAUGGAUAUCAUAUUCUCCCCCAGCCAAACUUGAUAUAUCCUACGAAAACGCAAACCACUUAGCAAACCAAGUCGGUUUAAAGGACUACAACCACCUCGAACCCUACAGAAUCAUUCACGCCUCUCGACUAGUAGCAAUUCUCGAAGCCUACGCGCUCUUCGACCCAGAAAUCGGCUAUUGCCAGGGCAUGAGCGACUUGCUCUCCCCAUUAACCGCAAUAAUAUCAGACGACCAUGAGGCCUUUUGGUGUUUUGUAGGUUUCAUGAAAAAAGCUAGACAUAAUUUCAGACUAGACGAAAUGGGUAUAAGGAGGCAACUUAAUAUGGUAUCGAAAAUUAUCAAAUUUAAGGAUUCACAUCUUUACCGACACUUGGAAAUGCUUCAAGCUGGAGAUUGUUUCUUUGUUUAUAGAAUGGUGGUGGUUUUGUUUAGAAGGGAGUUGACUUUUGAGCAGACUGUUUGUCUUUGGGAAUUGAUGUGGGCAGAUCAAGCUGCUAUUAGAUCUGGAAUUGGAAAAUCGGCGUGGAGCAUGAUAAGGCUACGUGCACCACCUACAGAUGAUUUGUUAUUGUACGCGAUUGCUGCUUCGGUUUUGCAGAGGAGGAAACUGAUUAUAGAGAAAUAUAGUAGUAUGGAUGAAAUUCUCAGGGAAUGUAAUAGUAUGGCUGGGCAACUUGAUGUUUGGAAGCUUUUAGAUGGUGCCCAUGAUUUGGUCAUGAAUCUUCAUGAAAAGAUUGAGACAAUUUCAGUAUGAAGGUGCCCUUGAAGUUUUUUUUAGCCUGAAAGUAGUAUGUAUUGUAGUUGGGGAUUUGUUUUCAAUGAGCUCAGAAUUCUCAUUGCAUCUGCUAAGGUCUCAGGUUCGAUGUCGGAAUUAAAUGGAGGCCAUUCUAGCAUCUCCGAAAUAAAAACCAGGUCAUAAAGUUUUUAGGUCUUUAGGUUUUCGAAAGUGUCAAAAGCUGGAAAGAGCUUUGAAACAAUUCAUUACAAUUGUUGGGAUAAUAUAAUCUAUUUCUAAUAAUACUUUAUGUUAUUUGGUUA